UUGGACACGGAAACCCAUGAUUUGCUUUUUUUUUUGGGACAGAGGGAGUACAGUCCUACAUCGUGUUUUCUUUUCCAGCUGUCCUUCAGAAUUUCGUCAGCUAAUCUGCAGAUUGAUCAUGCAUCAAACCUCAUCGCAGCUAGUCUUGGCCUCGUUUCUGCUCCUUCUCUGCCACCACGCGCACGCCGACUGCGAGCCGGCGACAUGCGGCAACCUCACCAUCAAUCCCCCGUUCUGGCUGGACGAGCCAGGCCGGCCGCCGUGCGGGCCGCCGACGUUCCAGCUCCAGUGCAGGGGCAGCGAAGCGUUCGUGGCGCACAGCUUCUUCCAGACCUACCAGGUGGUCCGCAUCUUCACCGGCAACUCCUCCGUCGUCGUCGUCGACAGGAGCCUCCCGCUGGAGAGCGGCUGCCCGGUGCCGUGGUUCAACAUCUCCAUCGGCUUCGUCAUGGGGCCAUUCCUCAUCAGCAGGGCCAACAAGGAGCUCGUCUUCGUCCACAACUGCACCACCACGAAGCGGCGGCCGCCGCAGGGGUUCCGCCGUAUGCCCUGCAGCCCCGACGAGUCGUUCGUCUUCCUCGGCGACGGCCGCCCUCGUCUCUUGCUGCCGGGAUGCUCCAUGUCCGUCGUGCCGGUCCUUGGGUUGCAGGACGGGGACUACGUCGCGAGCAUGAGGCGAGGGCUUCUGCUCGAGUGGAUGCUGGUGCCGGGUGAUUGCCAGAAGUGCUCGGCGAGUGGCGGGCAAUGCGAGUACAGCAGCGACGGCAUGGGGUUCUCGUGCAAAUGUCCCAGCGGCGUCCACAACCCCACCAGCUGCGUUGCAGGCGAUAGCAAGAGCAAUGGCAGGAAGAAAACGCUAAUAGUUUUGAUACCAGUAGCUGUAAGCCUGCUCUUUCCAUGUGCUUAUGUGCUGAUAUGGCAUAGAAAGGGGCAAAUAUUGUGCUAUCUCCUAUGCAACAAGACUCGCAGCAGAAAUGAAAGUAACAUUCAGAAAUUAAUAGUAUCGUACGGAUCCCUAGCUCCAAAAAGAUACAAGUAUUCGGAGGUAGCAAAGAUAACAUCAUUUCUGAGUAAUAAGCUUGGAGAAGGUGGUUAUGGUGUGGUUUUCAAAGGAAAGCUACAAGAUGGUCGUCUGGUUGCUGUGAAAUUCUUGCAUGACUCCAAAGGAAAUGGGGAAGAAUUCGUAAACGAGGUAAUGAGCAUUGGCAGGACAUCACAUGUUAAUAUUGUUAGCUUAUUUGGAUUUUGUUUGGAGGGCUCAAAACGAGCUCUUAUAUAUGACUACAUGCCCAACAGUUCUCUGGAUAACUACAUUUACUCAGAAAAACCCAAAGAAACUUUAGGAUGGGAAAAGCUCUAUGAUAUAGCAAUUGGGAUUGCUCGUGGGCUAGAAUACUUGCACCAUGGUUGUAAUACACGAAUCGUGCAUUUUGAUAUCAAGCCUCAAAAUAUCCUUCUAGACCAGGAUUUUUGCCCAAAGAUUGCCGAUUUUGGUUUAGCUAAAUUGUGUUGUACCAAGGAGAGCAAGCUUUCAAUGACCGGUGCUAGAGGAACAAUUGGAUUCAUUGCUCCUGAAGUUUUGUAUCGGUCUUUUGGGGUUGUUUCAAUAAAGUCGGAUGUUUAUAGUUACGGAAUGAUGUUGCUUGAGAUGAUUGGAGGCCGGAAAAAUGUGAAAUCAAUGGUUCAAAACUCUAGUGAAAAAUAUUUCCCAGACUGGAUUUAUGACCACUUUUAUCAAGGUGAUGGAUUGCAAGCUUGUGAAGUCACAAGUGAGGUUGAGGAAAUCGCCAAAAAGAUGACUUUAAUUGGCUUGUGGUGUGUACAAGUAUUACCUAUGCAUCGCCCAACAAUAACCCAGGUUUUAGAUAUGUUUGAGAAAGCUUUAGACGAACUGGACAUGCCUCCAAAGCAAAGCUUCUGUGAAUCACUAGAACAUCCGGUUCACAAGUUAAAUGCGGAAAGCACAAGCUCUGCUACUGACAAAGCAUAUGCUGUUAGUGAAAUACUGAAUGUUGAAGAGAUUAGCCUUGUGAAUUCAGAAUUCCUACAAUGACUACCAACUCUGUGAAAAAGAUGACCUUCAGUAUUCAGAAUUAAUACAAAACCAUCGAAAUUUGGCGUUUUGGCUUAA